UACCCUGCAUUCACUAUAUCCGGUCUCCCUGGACCCUGCAUUCACUAUAUCUGGUCUCCCCGGACCCUGCAUUCACUAUAUCUGAUCUCCCCGGACCCUGCAUUCACUAUAUCUGGCCUCCCCGGACCCCGCAUUCACUAUAUCUGGUCUCCCCGGACCCUGCAUUCACUAUAUCUGGCCUCCCCAGACCCUGCAUUCACUAUAUCUGGUCUCCCCGGACCCUGCAUUCACUAUAUCUGGUCUCCCCGGACCCUGCAUUCACUAUAUCUGGUCUCCCCGGACCCUGCAUUCACUAUAUCUGAUCUCCCCGGACCCCGCAUUCACUAUAUCUGGUCUCCCCGGACCCUGCAUUCACUAUAUCUGGCCUCCCCAGACCCUGCAUUCACUAUAUCUGGUCUCUCCGGGACCCUGCAUUCACUAUAUCUGGUCUCCCCGGACCCUGCAUUCACUUUAUCUGGCCUCCCCGGACCCCGCAUUCACUAUAUCUGGUCUCCCCGGACCCUGCAUUCACUAUAUCUGGUCUCCCCGGACCCUGCAUUCACUAUU